AUGGAAUAUAGAGAUGGAAGACGCCUGAACGUUUGUGCACCUUCUAGUAUUUGUAGUUUUGCUCAAAAUAAUGCUUUUGAUCAUUUGAAGGCAACUGCAUUUGUUAAGAUUGUUGAUACCCGAUUGUUUGUACGCUUAGCGUUUCUUUUUCAAUUCUAUGGUGCGUGGAAAUUCCAUGCAUUUAAUGGUGCUCUCAUCUCUGUAGUAUUUAGUGUGUAUUUAGUGUGUGUAAAGAAGAAAAGAGAAAAGAAGAAGAAAGAAGAGAGAAGGAAAGUGGCGCUGAUCAAAUCAAACAAAGACACAAGAUAUGAAAUUAACUUCAUCGUCACUCAUGAUGGAGAUAAAUUUCCUUGCUUGGCAUUGCAUGACUUGUCAUCGUUCAAACAGAAGAUUGGCUCAAGUGCUUAUGAUGAGCUCGAAGUGAUAGGUAUUGAUGAAGCUCAAUUUUUUGGCGAUCUAUAUGACUUCUGCCGAAGAGCUGCAGAUCAUGAUGGCAAAACUGUUAUAGUUGCUGGUUUAGAUGGUGACUAUAUGAGGUACAAUUACAUAAUCUCUGAUCAUACUACAUGUGGAUCACGUCACAUACAAAAUGUCGCUACCCCAUUGCCAAUUGGCUUCCGCCAGGCGGGUUUGGAUGGUGUAGAUAUAGUGAUAUACGCAAUCUUAACCUUGAAGAGCUUCGGCUCUGUUCUUGAUGUAAUCCCACUAGCAGACUCUGUUACAAAGCUCAAUGCUCGAUGUGAGCUGUGUGGCAAACGCGCCUGCUUCAGUUUGAGGAAAACCGACGAAAAACAGACUGAGCUGAUUGGGGGAGCUGAAGUCUACAUGCCUGUGUGCCGGCAGCACUAUGUAAGUGGGCAGGUAGUCAUUCAAGCUGCAAGAACGGUUUUGCAACAAAAGGUUCAGUGUGGGUAG